CUCAGCCAUACGCCGUUCUCAAAGCUAUAGCUGAGACCAAAUCUGACGCACUUAACAUUAAAGCUGCUUCUAUGCUCACCUUUCCUUUUAUGACGCGCUUUCCUGCUUAAGUUAAUACGUUUAUGACAAAACAUUAUCAAUUGUUAAACACUGAAUAUCGGAUAACUUGACUAUGCAACGCCGGCGACACUGAGCGGGAUUCUAGGCGGCGUUCCAGGCUGCAGAAUGGACCCUGUUUCCCAACUAGGACGCAAUGCGUACUAUGCACUAUGCGUAGCGUUUGCCGCUAAAGACAAAGACAAGCUCUAUGCGCCGGAAACGGAUGUGCUUCUCGAGGAAGCUCGCGAGCUGCUGGGCGUCUCAGAAGAGGAGGAUGAGGCUUUUCGCGAGCAAAUAGAAAAGGACCCUAUGAUAGCAGCUCUAAGGCGAGGGGAGAUGCCGCCAGGGGGGGUGCGGCUGCCUGGCGGUGUAGCCCUGCCUCGGGGCGGUGCCGCCGCCGCUGCUGCUGCUGGGGCGUACGGCAGCGCACAUGGUGGGAUGCCGCCCCCAGGGGGAGCAGCAGCGGGGGGUGGAGGUGGGGGCGGAUACGACAUGCCGUACUCGGCACCAGCGGCCAUGCAGCAAAAGGCAGCAGCGCCCAAGAAAGCCGCGCCCCCGCCCCCUGCCGCCGCCGCCCCUCCCGCCGCCGCCUCCGCCACCUCCGCCCUGCUAGGCCGCAAGCUGCAGCGGCUCUUCCCCGACCUCUCGCCUCCCUGGGUGACGGGUACCAUCGUGCAGUUCAACCCCGCCAACGGGAAGCACCUGAUCCAGUACGGCCCGCCGCUGCGGAAGGAGCUCUGGGACUGCAUUGAGGACU